UCACUGUUGGUUAAUAUCGUGGUGAGUUUUAUUAACAUCUGUAUAUCACCAGCUGUUGCCAUGGCAUGUGAGGGCUCACUGACAACAUGGGUAGAUCCAACAUCACGGCAAGCAAUGGAAAUUGGUCACAUUGAAAGCUUGCAACCAAUUUGUGAUUUAAUAGUGUUUUUCCCCCACUGCACAGAAGGCCUGGCAUUAUCCAGGGUGUGUCUCGAGUCUUCCUAGUCCGACUUGGAGCUGCUUAUGUGGGACCCUUCCGUUGAUGUGAGCAAACGAAAGAUAGUAUUGGACGUAUGUUAUGUUGUGUACAUAUUGUGGUUCCAAAGGAUGCGACUCGCUGCUACACAGAGACGGAUUUAGUUGCUCUUACUGUAAGUUGACUUACCUGUGGUGUGCCCGUCUGAACUCCAACAAUGACUUACCUGUAAUGUGCCCGUCUGAACUCCCAACAUUGACUAACCGUUAGUGUGCCUGUCUGAACUCCAACAUUGACUUACCUGUGGUGCGCCCGUCUGAACUCUAACAUUGCCUUACCUGUUGUGUGCCUGCCUGAACACCAACAUUGACUUACCUGUUGUGUGCCUGCCUGAACACCAACAUUGACUUACCUGUUGUGUAUCUGUCUGAACUCCAACAUUGACUUACGUUGUGUGCCUGUCUGAACUCCAACAUUGACUUACCUGUGGUGCGCCUGUCUGAACUCCAACAUUGACUUACCUGUGGUGUGCCUGUCUGAACUCCAACAUUGACUUACCUGUGGUGUGUCCGUCUGAACUCUAACAUUGCCUUACCUGUUGUGUGCCUGCCUGAACACCAACAUUGACUUACCUGUUGUGUAUCUGUCUGAACUCCAACAUUGACUAACCGUUAGUGUGCCUGUCUGAACUCCAACAUUGACUUACCUGUGGUGCGCCUGUCUGAACUCCAACAUUGACUUACCUGUUGUGUGCCUGUCUGAACUUCAACAUUGACUUACCUGUGGUGUGUCCGUCUGAACUCUAACAUUGCCUUACCUGUUGUGUGCCCGUCUGAAAUCCAACAUUGACUUACCUGCUGUGUGCCUGUCUGAACUCCAACAUUGACUUACCUGUUGUGUGUCUGUCUGAACUCCAACAUUUACUUACCUGUAGUGAGCCCAUCUGAACGCCAACGUUGACGUACCUGUAAUGUGCCCGUCUGAACUUACCUGUGGUGCGCCCAUCUCAACUCCAACAUUGACGUACCUGUUGUGUGCCCAUCUCAACUCCAACGUUAAUGCUUCCUCUGUUAUGUGACUGAGUUCAGACAGGGUCCUGCCGUAGCACGGUAAGGCUGUGACGUGUGGUAUCUGAAGUAAAGAAGGGUUCAGAUGAUUUCCAGUGAUCAUAUCAUAUACCUUUCACAGCUAUUUGUCCCUCUACACCUAACGCUAGUUGGUUUUGAGGACAGUCAAGACUGGGUAUUCUUUUACACUGACAUUCUGUAUUUAAUCAGAUGAAGUGUUGUUGCGGACGUAUACUGACGAUGUUCCGUGUGUGUGUGCAUGCUGUCGACGUCAAGGGCGAGGCAGGGACCGCCAGUCUUCACAUUAUACUCCAUGACGACUACGGGGAAGCGUCAGAGAAGGUGACUUUACACAACAUCCUUCAUGCCGACAUGACACCGGGGAGAGGACACAUGUUUGAGACCAACAUCCAAGUCAAGAAAGGCCUGUCCAAAGUGCUACGGAGACUGGAAUUGUGGCGGGACAAGAGCGAGCCACUCACUCAGUGGUUUGUGGAGAAGGUGGCACUGAGUGGACAUGGGACUCAGACUCUGUUUAUCUUUCCUAUCUUGAGAUGGUUGAAGGCGGACACUCACUACCUGUUCAAGAACGCGGACAUAUGUUGUCCCCCUCAAGAUGACCAGCUGCUUGAACAGAGGCAGAUUGAGCUGGAGGAGACGAGGCAAGUCUACACUGCUGUCGCCACAGAUCCGUCACUUCCGGUUAAGGCUGCAGGACUGCCGGACGAUGAAGUGUUUUCCAAUGAACUGAAGAACUCGUUUGACCUGGAGAGGGCGUUUGAGAAGUUGAAUGACAGACUGGCAUGCUGGAGUACGGACAGUUGGGACAGCAUCAACGACAUCGGUUGUCUCCAUCAGUCACUGGAUAUAGAAGAACCGCAGGGUGUCUCUCACUGGCAAGAAGACUGGUACUUCGGCCAGCAGCGUCUCUCUGGCUGUGACCCCACCCACAUCCGUCUCUGCACCCAGAUCCCUGACAAACUGGCUGUGACGGAAAGGAUGCUGUUGCCCAUGCUGGAGGACCACGACCUUGACAGCGUCAUUGUCGAGAAGAGGCUCUUCAUCAUUGACCACUAUCUCCUUCAUCACCUUCAGCAGUGCAAUGGAAGGGUGGUAUGUGCACCGAUUGCAUUGUUCCUCCUCAACUCAGAGAGUCAGCUUGUUCCCAUCGCCAUACAACUGUUCCAAGACCCGGGACUCAGGAACCCUGUGUUUUUCCCGAACGACCCCUGCGGUGUGUGGAGUUUGGCUAAGCAGUGGUUCAAUAACGCAGAAGCUCAGAUCCACCAGGCGUUGACCCACUUCACUGUGUGUCAUUCACUGAUGGAAGGUAUUUGUAUCAUGUCGCACCGCCACCUGGCGGAGAGCCACCCCAUCUUCAAACUCCUCGCACCGCACUUCCACCAACUCAUCACCAGCAACAAGUUGUGUAGAGAGCAUAUACUCCAGUCAGGCGGACCGAUGGACGCUGUAUUGAGCUGUGGGGCUGGGGGAAUGGACACCAUCAUCAGACGAGGGCUCCCUCUAUGGAGAAUGGAUGUGGAAGGGAGUUUACCGGAAGACUUGAAAGCUCGAGGGGUGUUUGGCAGCGAUGUCCUCCCUGGCUACCACUACAGGGACGACGGCCUUCUCAUCUACAACGCCAUCGUCGCUUACACCACGAAGUAUAUCAAUAUCUACUACGACUAUGAAGAAAAGAUCGGACAAGACUUUGAACUUCAGGCAUGGGCAUCCGAACUGACCAAAUCACGAGAAGAUGGUGGCUUAGGAAUAAACGGCGUGCCGGGUCAAGGUCGACUGUCAACCUACGAACACCUUGUCCAGGUCAUGGCAAGCGUCAUCUUCACGUGCACCGCUGGCCACGCAGCUGUGGGGGGUCGGGCUACAUGCGAGCAGUACGCCUUCCCCCCAUCAUACCCCACAUUUAUGAGGGGGGCACCACCCUCUGAAAAGAAAAAGACGAAACGCAGGGCUAUUAUUUUGGCGUUAUGUCUUCAGGGGCCUCGAGCCGAGCAGGACAUGCUUCAGACGCUGCCAGACCAGCACCAGUCUGCACUAGCCUCCAUUCUGAGUUCGAAUCUGUGCGGCGUUCUAAAAUGUCCACUAGGAGAGUCUCGUCUUCAGUAUAUCACGGAUCCUUCAGCCACAGAUAUAUGUCUCAAGUUUCAAGAAGAAUUGGAAGAGGCACGCUAUCUGAUCAACUGGCGCAACAAAAAGCGUGUUUGCCCCUACACGUGCCUGAACCCCAAGUCAAUUCCCAGCACACCUUUCUCGUAACACAUGUCUCAAGCGGCUCCAACUCGCUCUCUACACGUGUCUGGAUGUCAAGACGUCACCAACACUUCCAUCUCGUACCGCUGCCCCGCUCAUGCCUCCGCACGUGUCUGGACGUCUUUACGCUGGCUCGCUCCUGUCUCUACACGUAGCUGGACGCCUUUACGCUGGCUCGCUCCUGUCUCUACACGUGUCUGGAUGUCAAAAUUUAACCCAACACUUCCAUCUCGUACAGUAUCACCGUGCACGUCUGUGUCCGUAUCAUCACUGGAACUAGCAAACCUGUCAUCUGCAAACUAACGAAACACUGGGCCCAUGACAUCUGGUAGACGAGUUUCAGUGACGGAGGACGUGAAUCAAUAAUAAUGAUAGCAAAGAGUCAAUCGUUUCGGCCCCAAUGUCAUAUGUGUUCCAGUGAGAGGUAUCCGUUAUAGUGAGGUUCUGCUAUACGUUUGAAAGGAAACUGUCUAUUGUCUAAUGUUGAAACAACACCAUGAACAACGUUUGAGACGUGGAAAGCUGUUUCUGUGGUGAUGCUAUGAAACCCGAAAGCGGAAGGUUUCACGUGUAUCAUUUUGAGUUUCCAUAAUUCAGCAGCUACGUAUGUAGUCUGUAUAAUGAGUGAGGCAAGCCGUGGUGGUGCUUCAGUCGUACACAGCGCUACCACACCCACCCACAUCCCUAAAACACACUCACACAAACACACAGCGCUAUCACACCCACCCACACCCCUAAAACACACUCAAACACACAGCGCUAUCACACC